AUGGCCCCGGCAAACGCCGCUCAUACACGGUCGCACAGCCUGCUGCUGCUGCAGAAGCUGCUCAACCUGAGAGACGGCGCCAGCCCUCUCACACUGCUGGUCGACACACUCGAGCAACCAGCCGCACCAGUCAUUUCUGAAUUCAUCACAAGAGCCAAGUUGUCCAAGAACAAGGUCAUUUUACUCUCAUUCGCCACCAUUAAGAAGCCGCGCGACGUAGAUGUCGUGGUAAAGGCCACCGGAAAAGACUUCAAGACAAUAAGAAAAGAGCUUCUGUCUCAUUACCCGGCUGCGGAUCCAGCCGCAGCUGCCACGCGCGAUCGCAGCAUCUCACGCGCCGUCGUAAUCAUAGACUCACUCAACACAAUGGCUUCUGCCAUCCCUCAAGCGCUCGCCAGCUUCCUCUCUGGCGUCAUCACCCCCACCGCGUCCAUCAUCGGCGUCUACCACGCCGAUGUCCCCGUACCGCUGCCGCCGACAGUCAGCGAGUAUGAGCCCGCGCCGCUCAUCGUCCUCUGCCACCUCGCCACGGCCAUUCUGCGGCUGUCCAGCCUCGAGCAGGAGGUGGCGCGGCAGCGCGCGCGCGACAAGGCGCUCGUCGAGCCAGAAUGGGGCAUCAACGAGGGCCGCGAGGGCGUGCUCGUCGGCCUCAAGGGCAAGGACCGCGCCGCAAGGGAGGAGAAGGGGGGCGUCGUCGUGGAGAUGGAGCUGCGGCGGAGGAGCGGGAGGACCGUGGCCGAGACGUUUGUGCUGGCAAUGCCAGAGGGCGGCGGGCAGGGUACUACGGGGACGCUGCUGCUGAGGAGCGACUACUUGGCGUUUAAGACGGAGGGUUCUGCUGCUGGGGCCGGCGGCGGCGGCGGCGGCGGGGGGGAAGGGGAGGGGGAGCCGGAGAGCCUGAUGCUCUGCGCCUCAGUCGACGACGAACAGUCCGAGACCGCCCUCGCCGAAGUCAAGAACCAGGUCCGCCAAAUCAUGCGCAAGCUCACCCGCACCUCUGAGCCGCAAGCCUCCAUCGAGUCGGGCGCCUACACCCUGCACUACCUCGUCGACGCCGACGUCGUCUUCCUCUGCAUCUGCGAGCGCUCCUACCCGCGCAAGCUCGCCUUUACCUACCUCGCCGACCUGGCGCGCGAGUUUCACACGACGCACCCGCCCGCGCAGCUGCACAACCCGGCGCUGCGGCCGUAUGCGUUUAUGGACUUUGACACGUUUAUCGGCAAGACGCGCACCACGUACGCCGACGCGCGCGCGUCGCAGAACCUCGACAAGCUGAAUGACGAGCUGCGCGACGUGACAAAGGUCAUGACGAAGAAUAUCGAGGAUCUGCUGUAUCGCGGGGACAAUUUGGAAAAGAUGGGCGAGAUGAGCAGCAGGUUGAGGGACGACAGCAAAAAGUAUAGGCGCGCGGCGGUGCGCAUCAACUGGGAGCUGCUGCUGAAGCAGUAUGGGCCGUUUGCCGUGCUGGGCUUCAUUAUUCUCCUCUUCAUCUACUGGCGAAUUUUCUAA